AUGACACCAAAAUCUGCACACAGGUACCGCCCUGAAAGCUCCCAUGCACAGCAUGUCUCUAUUAACUGUGCCAGUGUCGUACAAGAGGAGAUCUUGAGGCUACAGGACGAGCGAAGGUUACUCAAAGAUGAAAUUGUUCUGCUUAGGGAUGAAAAUUCCCAACUUUUGAAUCGAAACCAAGCGCUGGUACACGAGGUGGAACGGAGAAAGUUGGAUACUAAAAAGUUAACUGAAAAGUUACGCCUCUUGUCUUGUGAGCUUGGAAAGUACCGGGCGAUGACCCCUGACCUUGAGGAGAAGGUCGAGUCCUUGACAGCUGAGACCCAUUCACAGGAUGUUGCCCUCAGAGAUGCGGAAGAGAGAUUUGAGAAAACUCAGAAGCUGUUGGCUGAUGCAGAGAAUGAUCUGAGCAGAUUCAGGAGAGAGCAAUCUGACUGUUCUGCAGAGAUUAUGUCGGAAAGAAACCUGAGGAAAAGAAUGGAGAGUCAGAGAGACCUGGCUGUGGAAGAACUGAGUCAACUCCAGACUCUACUCAACACAUACCAGAAAAAGGCCAAGGAGAAGAUCUCUUCACUGGAGACGAGAGAGGAUCAUCUGCGCGACAGUCUGGCUCAUGCUAACCAGGAGAGAGAAGAACUACUGGAGAGCUCAUUGCACCUCCACCAGCAGAUCUAUGAUCUUCAGGAGGAAAUCAGAGAAAUCAGGCAAAGUACAGGAGCUGAACUUGAGGCUAAGGAAGAACUGGAACAUACUGUCCAGGCUUUGCAAACAAAGUUAACUCAGCAGUCCAAAAAAAUUGAAACGUUAAAAUCUGAGUUAAAGGACAAAGAAGCCUUGAGAAAACAGAAUGCCAGUUUGACAGCCAAGGUGGAAGGUCAAGCAGCUCAGUUGGCACAGUGCCAGAAGGAAAUCAAUGACAGUCAGCUGAUGCUAGAGCAGCUGGAGAGACUGGCAGAGCAGGUGCAGAACACUCAAGGGAGAGCACUCCAGAGAGCCAGAUCAACCAAUGACAGUGGAGUGGGCAGUAUCAGCGGUGAAACUGCCAGGAACCGAAGCUCAGAGUGGAAGUCAGCAAGGUCAUCGCCAACACCGCUGCAGCUCUCCAUGAAGGAAGGCGAUGAUCAGAAACAGAUGAAACCUGCCAGUAUCCUGGAGAGCCUGCGGUCUGAGCUGCUGGCCACCAUCGAGAAGGGACGCUUGUGUGAACGGAAAUCUCAAGAGAUGGAGCUGAUGUUAAGCCAGCUGGAGUCAGAGCGCACUCGUCUGAAACGAGAGCUGGUGGAGGCGCAGCGCGAAUCCUCCGACAAAGAUGCCAUUUGUUCAUCGCUGGAAUCACGACUGAAGCAACGUGACAACCAACUGACAGAGUUACAGAGUGAGCUCAGCCUGAAGACUGCAUCCUACAAUAACUUAGAACGAGAGCUGCGUAAAAAAUCUGCUCAGAUGCGAUCUCUGGAGGAGCAGCUUGACGAGAAGGUUGGAGAGUUCACAAUGCACAUGACACGCCUCAAACUACAGGAGGAUAAUGUCUCCAGCAAGGAGGCUGAAAUACAGGACCUGCGUGCCGACCUGAACAAGAAAGACAAACAGCUGCAAGAAAUUUCAUCUGCAGGAGAAAAAGUGCGGAGAAUACAGCAGGAGCAGUUCCAGGAAUUUGAGAAACAAAUUGAUAUCUUGCAAGAAGAACUGGAGAAAAAGAUAAAGGACACUCAGACUUUAUCAUCUGACCUUGAGAGAAUGACCUCUGACCUUGAAGUCAAGGACAACAGACUUAAAGAAGAAGAAGAAGAACUAACAGCUGUCAGAAAGGAGCUGGCUGCCAAAAAAUCAGAUGAGAAGAAGAUAUUAGCAGAGCUGGAAUCUCAAACAGGCCUGGCAACCAGUCAGAUUAAAGAGCUGGAGACAGCAUUGGUCGUGUGUCGAGAGGAAAUAAGCGUCUACAUGGAACAGCUGGACAAGUCUAAAGAAGACUUUGAUAAGCAGCUGACAGAUAAAAAUAAACAGGUGUCAGUUUUAGAUCGUCAGUUGAAAGAGGCAUUUUACGACGUUGAGGAGAAAGAUCAGCGCAUAAUGGAGCUGGAGAAGAGUGUAAGGGAUCAACAGACCAUGUUACAGCAAAGCUCUGUGCGUAUCAGUGAGCUGGAGAGCAGCCAGGAAGAGCUACAGACUCAGGUUUGUGACUCAGGUUAUCAGGUGUUGUGGAAAUAUGUGUGCUGUGAUAGACUGUACAGAUUCUAUGUCAUUGGGGGUGGGACAUACAGCCAGGCAGAGCUACAGACUCAGGUUUGUGACUCAGGUUAUCAGGCGUUGUGGAAAUAUGUGUGCUGUGAUAGAUUGGACAGAUUCUAUGUCAUUGGGGUGGGUUGA